CAUUAAGUCGGUGUUAUGAAUUGGAGUGGCCAGCGUAAGAAGAAUGGCUUCUCAAAGUUUGAGUUUACCACCAACACAUAUUCCUUACAAUAGGAUAAUUGGGAAGCUUGAUUCCAAGUUUUUGUUGUGGCCUUCUUGUGCUCAUAUCAAACCCAGAAGAAUUUCUACCUCAAUUCGAGCAAUGGGUUCCUCCGCUUCUUCCCACUCCCAGUCACAAUAUGCAGACAGCGUUGAAUCUGAAGCAGGAGCUGAUACUAUUGACUAUAAAUCUUUAACCGAUGAAGAGUGGAAGAAGCGGCUCACAAAUGAACAGUUCUAUAUUACUCGUCAGAAGGGAACUGAAAGAGCUUUCACUGGGGAGUACUGGAAUACUAAAACCCCGGGGAUUUACCAUUGCAUAUGUUGCGACACACCUUUAUUCGAAUCAUCUACUAAGUUCAAUAGUGGAACUGGGUGGCCAUCCUAUUACCAGACAAUUGGGAAAAAUGUGAAAUCAAAGUUGGAUUUGUCAAUUAUUUUCAUGCCGCGCCAGGAGGUUCUCUGUGCUGUUUGUGAUGCUCAUCUUGGACAUGUGUUUGACGAUGGUCCUCCACCCACGGGAAAACGUUUCUGUAUCAAUAGUGCUGCCCUUAAGCUCAAACCAAAGCAGUAGACAGUGAAAUACCUACCUAUCACUCGGAAGCAGAUGGUAUAAUAUUCUAAAUAUGUGAUAUACUUUGUGCUGUUUUUCCUAUUUAUGGAGAACAACAAUGAAAAUUGUCUUGAACUGUUGAUGUAUAAAACACAAAUUUUAUAGAAUCUAGAAGCUCAAUUACUAUAGUGAAGACUCAAAUUCUAAUACUAAUGAAGUGUCGGCAUGUACUUGCCAUUGUUUCA